ACUUUGUUCAGUUCUGAUUAUGAUAAUCGUAUAAAAUGGAAAUAUGGUAAACUGGAGGAUUCCAUUAAAAAAAAAAAUAAUAAUGAUAACAAAAUUAAUAGCGAGUAGGUUACAACGUUACGGUUUGGUAAUAACGACUACAUAUUGUAAUACCAAUUAGGCAGUAAUACACGGUUUCACCCUAAAUAAAAAUAGCUUUAUUUAAAUGAUAACUAAUAAUGAUGUAUGUGUGUGGUCCAAAGUCGAGCAUUAAGCGUUCAUUUCACGGAGCUUGUGAAAUUAUGUGAUAUUUUUGGGUUAUUGUUCACAUAAGCACAGUUAAAAACCAUGGUUAAUUCUCACAGUACAAAGUGGUACAAACGCUCCUGUUAAUUUAUUUGUAUAAAAUAAACGUACAGUACUGUUUUGCCAGUGAUAUUUAAAAAAAAACACUAAAGUUAAGAGCAGAAGCAAGUGUGACAAGUGUUACCGUAUCUUCGCAGCCAUCCAUAGUGUCUACAAGAAGAAAAAAUGGCUUUUUCAAAAUCUAGCACAUAUAAUACGCGCACAAUUAUAUCCGUGGUAUCGUCUUCACAUCGGACCGAAAACUACAAUGUAUCGUCAUCGGAUACGCAAAUCAACAGACCCGUGUAUCGAGUGAACGGUCGUUUAAUGACACGUAAACCCGACCGUAGUGCUAGGCCGAGGCAGUCCAUAUGUCCGUUCAAGUUCCGCCUUGCUUGGUGGUUCGGCAAUGGACCCCAAGAAAAUUAUUUUGAGAUGUGCGACUACUGUACUUUGAAACACGCAAAAAAAAGAAGUAGCCGGUACCAGUAUACAGCACUGGAACCUGAUUCAAUAGGACAAGAGCGAAUGGAGCUGGAACGCAAAGCUCGACAACACGCUCAAAAUGCAUGUCAACAUUACUUAAGGUUUUGCCCUCGCUAUGUUCUUCUACAACACCUCAAUGAUAUUGGUUCUAGAGUCGACAAACAUUGGUUUGUUGUACGUGAUGGAUCAGUUAAGACGGAACGCCUGUUAACGCUUGUGCCUAAAAAUCCCAAGAGUGUUUUAGAGUGUACACCUGACACUAGACAAACAAUAUUGGACCUAUUUUUAACUUUACAACACCCGUACAUUUAUCCAGUGUUGGACGUUGAGUUUGUCCAGGGUGCCACAGACCAAGAAACUACGUUUAUUACGCUAGUGCUACCGUUCAACAGUAAAGGAAGUCUAAAAGAUCUUAUUUAUAAGAGCUGUUGGCACGAUGACUGGAACGAUAAAUAUGGACAGCGCAGCGAGGGCUUGCCAUUAUCACAAAUACAAAGACUCGGUCGACAAAUUCUAGAGGCACUUCUGUUUCUAAAGAAAAAAAAGUUUCCGCACGAUUGCAAUUUACAUUCGGGAAAUGUUAUUCUUCAAAAUGGAGUCGCCAGGAUAUCCGGUCUAGAAAACUCUCUGCUAGGUUUCACGUCCAGAAUACAGCCAAUUAUCAUGAGUGGCAACUUCGAGUUGGACGAUUUUUCGGCAAUUGAUGUUGUUUGUUUUGGUCACGUAUUAUUCGAAAUGGCAGCCGGAUACGAAUUGCUCACUCCUGAACCAAAUGUAAUCAAUUUACGAGACAUUGCUCACUACCCCCAAGUUGUUGAGAUAAUGGAAUUUAUAUUUAAAAAUUCUUCCGGUCGAGUGCCUACUAUAGAACAACUUGUAAUGAGCGAGUUUUUCAGAAACAUAGAUCUCAGAGAGAUGAGAGCAACGUCAUGGCCGUUACUUCAAGCCAAGAUGACUGCUUCGUCGUCUCAACUGUUAGAAACUGUGAGAAACAGAAAUAGCAGCAAAAGUGAACUAAUCCCUGAAGACCAGGACGUAUCGGAAAUAAGUAGUACGGACAACUUACAAAUUAGAAAACUCUCAAUGAGAAGCAAGAGCUGUGAUGAUGAAAAAUGUUCUCAUGCGACAGAAAGGAAAUCAAAUUUUGUAAGCGACAAAGAAGAACACCGCGGUUUAUCACUUUAUCAUCGUCAGCAGUCAUUAGAUUUCCAAUUCAUGGGAUAAGCAAUAAAUUAACAUGUUUAACCCCACCACACUUUAGACUGAAAUGCUUCUUUGCGACAUCAUGCAAUAUUUAACUAUUAUAACUGUACCAAUAUCAAUAAAUCACAUCUGAAGCUUACCAAUCAUCGUCGGAAUCAAAUUCUGCACUUGGAUCUUUGGACCACGAUCCAUCAUUAUUUUUUAUCCAACCAAUUCUGUAAAAAAGAAAAAAAGAAGUAAAACUCAGACUGUAGCAAUAAUAAACGUAACAUAAUUAAAGCAAUUUAAAAAUGUCUUAUUUCAAUGUUAUUAUAUUAUUAUUAUUAUAUUAUAUCUUAUAUUUUAUAAGUUCCCUCAUUAUAAAUAUA